UUUCCUUCCUUCUUUGCUCAAACACACCAGAAAAGAAAAAAUGGCGCGAAAUGCUCUCUCUUCACCAGGGAAUGUUCCAGCACUUCGCGUCCUCAUUCUCUUCCUACUCCUCCUCCCUUUUCACUCAAUCGCCGCCCGCCACGACUACCACGACGCCCUCAGAAAAAGCAUACUUUUCUUCGAGGGUCAGCGAUCAGGAAGGCUCCCGCCGGAUCAACGCGUCAGGUGGCGCAAAGACUCCGCCUUACACGACGGAGCCACCGCCGGACUGGAUUUAACUGGAGGAUAUUACGACGCCGGAGACAACAUAAAGUUCGGGUUCCCGAUGGCUUUUACGACGACAAUGUUGUCGUGGAGUGUUAUAGACUUUGGGAGGACGAUGGGGCCGGAGUUGAGGAAUGCCGUUAAGGCCGUUAAGUGGGGAUCGGAUUACUUGCUGAAAGUAACGGCGGUGCCUGACGUGGUUUUCGUUCAGGUCGGUGAUGCUUACUCGGACCAUAACUGUUGGGAGAGGCCAGAGGAUAUGGAUACGCUUCGUACGGUGUAUAAGAUUGAUAGGGACCACCCUGGAUCUGACGUGGCAGGUGAAACCGCCGCUGCCUUGGCCGCUGCGUCCAUUGUGUUCAGAUCACGUGACCCUGGUUACUCCAAUUUGCUUCUCAAUCGUGCCGUUAGGGUGUUCGAGUUUGCUGACAGGCACCGUGGUGCGUACAGCUCGAGCCUGAGAUCCGCUGUGUGCCCUUUUUACUGUGAUGUCAACGGUUACCAGGACGAGUUGCUUUGGGCAGCGGCGUGGUUGCACAAAGCUUCAAGGAGGCGCGAAUACAGAGAAUACAUAGCAAAGAACGAGGUGAUAUUGAGAGCUGGAGACACCAUCAAUGAGUUUGGUUGGGAUAACAAGCAUGCUGGGAUUAAUGUGCUUAUUUCCAAGGAAGUGUUGAGAGGAAGAGCGGAGUAUUUCUCGUCUUUCCAGCACAAUGCUGAUGGGUUUAUAUGUUCUUUAUUGCCUGGAAAUUCUCAUCCUCAAGUCCAAUAUUCUCCAGGUGGGCUGAUCUUCAAGGCUGGAGGAAGUAACAUGCAGCAUGUAACGUCACUGUCUUUCCUGCUUCUUACUUAUUCCAAUUAUCUAAGCCACGCCAAUAAGGUUGUGCCAUGUGGAGAGACCACAGCCACCCCAGCUCUGCUCAAACGACUGGCAAAACGUCAGGUGGACUACAUUCUUGGAGAUAAUCCAUUGGGAAUGUCGUACAUGGUUGGAUAUGGAGCACGUUACCCACAAAGGAUACACCAUAGGGGGAGCUCAUUACCAUCGGUGUUGGCCCACCCAGCCCACAUUGCUUGCAAAGCGGGGUCACGCUAUUUCUUAAGUCCAAAUCCCAAUCCCAAUUUGCUAGUUGGAGCAGUGGUGGGUGGGCCUAAUAGCUCGGACUACUUUCCAGACUCAAGGCCUUACUUUCAAGAGUCCGAGCCCACAACUUACAUCAAUGCUCCUCUGGUGGGCCUACUUGCAUUCUUUUCAGCCCAUCCUUGAUUUCCACCAAAGGAAGUGAAAAAAAAGAAAAAGAAAAGAAAGUAAGAGAAUAACGACAAAUAUAGUGGUGCGCAAAGGUCACCCUGCCUAUUAUUGUGAUUUGAAAGAUUCCAAUUGUACCCAAUCAAGUAUGAAGAAAGUGAAAAAAAAGUUGUAUUUGUACACAAUUAGUAUGAAUAUUCCAGCUAUUUCUAUGAA